GUCAAACACGCUUCGUAAGGAAAUAAUACUAGUACGACGGACGGAAUCGAAUGUAUAUCAAUGGGAACCCGCAUUUACCCGCUCCUGAGACAACCUGACUUUACGUCUGUCUCGGAACGAAGGGUACGACCUAUAAGAACACGAGAAAACGGUCUUUUCACGCCAAGAAACGUCCAAAAUAGUCCAAGGAAUACAGGCACUGCAAAACGAAAGCUACGAGUUCGAUUUGUUUUGCCUGAAGACGAUAACAUUCCGAGGAAAGAGAUUGAAGUGUUCCCAGACGCGACAGAAAUCCCAGGAUCGUCUUCUUUACCGGCUAUUUGUGAAUUGAUGAUAUUUUCACCAAAAAUGGAAAAUAAUAACAAAGAUAAUAAAAUCAGACAGAAAACUACUUUGCCUAAAAAGGCCGUGGCAGCAAUUGUUGGUAAGACUCCUAGAGAUUCCAAAAACCAUCAACAAAAGGAAUCAACAUCAUCGAAUAUUGUUAAGCUCCCACCGGCAACUCCAAAAUACUCAAAACAGGAGUUGAAAAUCGACUCGAAUUGUAUGAUGCCAGAGGACUAUAAAGACCCAACACAAGGCGAUACACGGAGAAGAAUACUAGCUUGGCUGAAUGAAGCAGAAAAAGCUAAACCAGCAUACAGGAGAAGAAUGGAUUCAUUUACGUAAUUUUAGCAGUGAUUUUGAAGGUGGUYUUUCUUUACAAAAAAAUUUUUUCCG